AUGUCGGGGACGCAGAGCGUUGAUCUCUUCAAAGGACAGUCGAGGCUGCCAAAAUUCGCCGUUCCGAAGCGCUACGACCUGAGGCUGACUCCAGAUCUCGCCGCCUGCAAGUUCACGGGCACUGUGUGCGUCGUGGUUGACAUCGUCGGGGAUACCAAAUUUCUGGUGCUCAAUGCCGCUGACCUGGUCGUUACGGAGGGAUCGGUCUCGUUCAGGAAUCAAGAUUCUUCUCAGGUUGGGUAUCAGAUCUCUGCUAGUGAAUCGCUUGGGAUUUAAUGAUAUCCUCCCCCAUACUGCUGGUGGAUGAAUGGUACAAUGUUUUCUCCAGGAGUUGCAUCCCAUCGAGAUCACCACCGUGGUGGAGGAUGAGAUCCUGUUAUUGCAGUUCGAGAAGGCUCUGCCCCUUGGGGAGGGUACCAUACGGAUUGGCUUCUCUGGAAUCCUCAACGAUCAGAUGAAAGGAUUUUACAGAAGGUAAUUUGAUCCCCAGCUGACUAACUUUUACUAUCUUUUUCCCUGACAUCGAAACUCAUUGUUCGUGUACAUCACCAUUGCAUUUGGGACUCUUUUCGGGUAGUACUUACGAAUACAAUGGUGAGAAGAAAAAUAUGGCCGUCACACAAUUUGAGCCCGCAGAUGCCCGGCGUUGCUUUCCGUGUUGGGACGAACCUGCUUUUAAGGUGAUGUUAUUUGCUCGUCAGUAUUUGGUAGCUUUUCCCUCUUUAGUUAACUAAUGUAUUCUUUGAACUCGCCAUUUCUAUUCUCAUCCGAGUAAAGAGAAACUGACUAUAGAAUAUAUUUUAUUUAAAGAAAAGAAAGAAAGUGAACAAAAAAUCGUAAUAUGAGAUUUGCCUGUCCCUUAAAACUCUAUUUCUAGUUUGAAUUCAUAAAAGAUAUAUUUUUUCAAAUUUGUAUGACUAAAUUACGUGUUGCCAAGACAGUCAUUAUCUCUUAGGUUGCUAUGUUCUUUAUUACCCAGAAACUUAUGUUGGGUAGAUAAUAGAGUUCGUCUAUUCGCUUGUGAUACUCUAUUAUCUGCAUACCAAGUACAACGAAUGCAUCAGAUGCCAAAAGAUAAGCACUUUGAUCGUUUGUAAUGCUUCUAAUUUUUUCGUUUAUGUUGACUGCUGUUCCCUUAUGGUAGGAAGAAACGGUAGAUGAAGAGCAUUCAGCUGGAAGAUACCAAGGAGGCUCUAUGGAGCAAUGUGAACUGAGUUUUUUUUAAAAAAAAAUUAGAAAUAACUGAACAUUAGGAAGAGAGGAGUACUUCAUACUGCAAGAAAAUAUAAGCAUAAGGCCAAUCAUUUUCUCCUCUGGAGCACAACUGCAGAAUGAUUCCUAGUGUUAAACUGACUGAAUUUUUUUUAUAUAAUUUAGUAGGGUAAUGUUUAUAUGUUGUUUGGUGCUACCCGUGCUAUCAUUCUGUAUUGACUUGUGAUCGUAAAAUUAUGUUAAACUGCUAUCCUUUUUAAUUAUUUUUUAACGAAUUAUGUUUAGGCAACAUUCAAGAUAACAUUGGAGGUUCCUCAUGAUCUGGUGGCAUUGUCUAAUAUGCCAGUAGUUGAAGAGAAAUUAAACGGGCUAGUGAAGACACUUUUUUUCGAGGAGUCACCAAUCAUGUCAACUUACUUGGUUGCCGUGGUUGUGGGUUUAUUCGAUUAUGUGGAGGAUACAGCAUCUGAUGGUACACAUACUAAAUCGUUUCUCUUCUCUUUGCAAUUUGUUUCUUGUUUUCUCUAAUUCAGAGAUCAAAUUUUCUGUUCAGGAACCAAAGUGCGCGUGUACUGUCAGGUUGGUAAGACCAGUCAAGGGAACUUUGCUCUGGAUGUCGCUGUGAAGACACUUGAUCUGUACACGAGGUUACUCCUGUCAUUUCUAGAUUCUCUUCUUUUCUUGAAUGGUUUCAGUUAAAUGAUACUGCUGAUUUCUUUUUACAAGUUGACAUCAUCUUAAUUACAUUUGAAAGUCUAGUGUCAGUUUUAUUGAUCAUCUUAGUUACUUUUUACCUUUUCUAUCUGUUAGUUAUCUGAUAAUAUUUUUCAUGUAUAGCCUGAUUUAUAAGCGUACUGACAUUUUCUAUGUCAUUCAGAUAUUUUUCUGUGCCAUACUCUCUCCCGAAGUUGGACAUGGUUGCUAUUCCUGAUUUUUUUGCCGGGGCUAUGGAGAAUUAUGGUUUGGUUACUUAUCGUGAAACAGCUUUGCUUUAUGAUGAUCGUCAUUCCACUGCUGCAAACAAACAAAGGGUGAUCCUCUUACGUUGAAGCUUCAUAUUUUCUUUGAUGUUUUUGGAUCGUUCAUGAGAUUUGGUAGUUGAUCAUUUAUGAACUGACUGAUUUUUCGCUCCAUUUUCUGGGUACAUUACGGAAUUUAUAUUACCUAAGACAUUUUACUUGACUUGUCUCUAUGGAUUUCUCCUCUUGCAAAUAGCUUGACGCUGGUAUGCUGUAAUUAUAUCAGAUGCAUGAUAAAUCCAGACAGUGGAUAAUAUGCUUUGCCGUAAACAAGUUGUAAAUGUCUGCCUUAUAUUUUAUUAUUAAGUUGAGGUUGCCGGUACAAAAACCAUCUCAACAGUUAUUUUCGAGAAUGACUGAAAGAUGAAUUUUUCCUGGCCAAUGAUGAGGAAAACUAACCUUGUUUUUGCCGCGUGUAACUCUUUUCUCAGGUUGCGGUGGUUGUGGCUCAUGAACUAGCGCAUCAGUGGUUCGGGAAUCUUGUAACGAUGGAAUGGUGGACGCACUUGUGGCUUAAUGAGGGAUUUGCGACAUGGGUACGUAUAUUAAUUGAUGAAACACUUGGCGUUAAAGCAAAGACCAAUCUGUUGAUUAUUUGGCAUAUGAUUUUUUUCCCCAGGUAAGCUAUUUGGCUGCUGAUUCCCUGUUUCCUGAGUGGAAAAUUUGGACUCAAUUUCUUGAUGAAACAACUGAGGGCCUUAGACUGGAUGCUCUUGAAGAAUCACAUCCCAUUGAGGUAAGAUUUGUCAAAGUCUGGUUGUCAUUUAUCUUUUAGAGCAGGAUGUAUGGGCCUUUAUCUUAGCGUUUAAGUGCUUAUAAGACUUUUCAAUUCUUUUCAGAUUUAAAAUUUAGAUUACUUCCUGUCCAUUUCGUUUGCAUUUUAUUUUAUCCUAUCGUUUGACUCCAUUGAGUAAAACAUCCUAUUUAUUCCGUAACUCUUUCUCCCUCAUUUUUCUGUCAUCUUGGAAUGUUUAGAUCUUCAUUCUGUAAUAUUUUUCUGCUACACAAGGCUUGUAUUGCUAGAAAUGAUUAGUGUAUAAAUGCCACGAAAUGGAGUAGAGCUUUUUGGGAUGUGUUUGUAAGUAAUUUGACCAUUAUAUAUAAACUUUUUUUAAAGAAAGGAGUACUGGUUGGUGAAAUGAUUUUUGGAAUAUUUUUGGCGGAUGUCGUUUCAGACCUACAAGAAACAGCUAUGGUAGUCUGAUCUAUGAGGUAUUUCAUAAACUUUUGGCACAAGUGGAGCCAUUGGCCAUUUAUGAUCUAUGGUGUGUAGACGUGAAUGUCAAGUGUUGACACGUGCACCAAACAAGAGAAACGUAUAAGGCACGAUCACUUGUAGAAGCAUCAUUUAUUCAUUAUGAUGUAAUGAGUGUGCUUAAUUUUUCAAACAAAUCGAAAAACAAAUUACAGAAAAACCGUAGAAUAAAAAAAUAUUGGUUAUACUCAGUGGGAUGACUCAAGUUUGAAUAAUCCUGGAAUGCCUAUCAAUGGUUUUGAUAUACCAAAGUUGUUUCAUAUGUUUCAAAAGGUCCUUAACAACCAAACGUCCAAAAAACCCAAAAAUAAAAUAAAACAACAAUGCAAGACCACAUUAAAACUGGGUUUUUAUUUCCUGCACAUCCUAGUAGCAUUCCUGGAUAAAACAUUUAACUUUUCCAGUGAAAGAGGCUUAUUUUUUUACAUGGCUCAGAAUAUCUGCCAGAAUUUUUUUGGCUUUUGCUUUUUGAAAUAAGAUUCCAUUAAUUUGUGUACCCGUGGAGAAACAAAAUAACUUGGUUGAAUCUGUCUUUAUUAGGAUCUGCUAUUCUUUGUUAGCUUCUUACAUCUUUCUUGGGGAUAUUUGGGCCAUCCUGAAAACCUACCUUUGAUGAAACUUUUCCUUUUUUUCCCUUUCUUGUUUUUUCUUCUACUGAUCUCUUUUCAGUGUUCCUUGUUUUUAUUUAUAAUCAUUGCCUUUAGAAGAAAACAAGUGAGUGGGGAUAUUAUUUCCAUGAAACGUGGGCGAAUCUUCUAACUAAUGGAUUCACAUUUCAAGGCAUGAAUUUCCAUGAAACGUGGGGAUUUUAUUUAUUCCUUUUUUAUUCUUCUACUGUUCAAAGAAUAUCUACUAUUUAUUUUGCAAGCAUCUCUUUGCUUUUUUUGCAAUGAUAUUAUCCUUUUACAUUUGAUUUAGAUCUUAUAUUAUUUAAUUUACACUGCCGCUCCAACAACUUAAAAAAUGUUCCGAGGUGGACAUUACAAAGUGCAGUUGAUUUUAGAAAUUCACAUUUUUUUUUCAAAUGAACCACAGAAAUUUGUCACUUAGUCAAUAUCACCUCUCUCACACAUUUGUUGUUUUCAUUUGUUACCAUGCCUGAAUUUUCGCGGCUAUGAUCCAGAGCAGAAUAACGAUGCAUUUUUCUUGCAUUUAAUUUACGGUUUAAAUCAGAAAUUGAUGGAUAAACUUCGUUGAUAAUAUCACCUGGCAGGUUGAUGUAAACCAUGCCAGCGAGAUUGAUGAAAUAUUUGAUGAUAUCAGCUAUAGAAAAGGAGCCUCUGUUAUCCGCAUGCUGCAUAGCUAUCUUGGGGCUGAAUGUUUUCAGGUUAGUGUUUUUAAUUUGGCCUAUGUUAUAUAUUUCCUGUAUAGUCUUUAAGCUUUAAGGUUGUGAUCGGUAAAUUUUCAUCAUGCGUCUUGAGGAACCAGAGGAAUAUUGCUGAUUUAUUGACGCACUUAAUGAUAUUUUUCCACACUAAAAGUGACAAUAUUCUACCUGUGAACUGAAGUCGCACCUCCUUACUGUCUCACCAACAAAGUUAGUUUAGAUUUCUUUAAGGUAAUUUCCUAGAGGCGUGAUCAAGACCACUCACUAGAGAAGUCACUGACCAAAACUUAGGUAUUUUUGCCUAUGUAUUAUCCCCAUCUACUUAUUUUAUACUGUUAAAUAUAUUUUUGCGCCAUAUUGCGGAAGCCUAGAGAGAAGAGAAAAACCUUGAAUCUCAAGGAAAACAUAAAAGCGACUUGGGGGCACAAAACGAGCCCUUCUGUAGUUUCCUCUUGUUUACAUAAAAGAGCUUAUUAAGGAUCUGCUAGUUGCGGAAAAAAUAAGAACGACUUGGGUCUACAAAACGUGCAUUUCUAUAGUUCUCUUUUUUACAUAAAAAGGGCUUAUUAUGGAUAUGUUGGAAAGAGGAACUACUAACAACUAUUGCAACUAUAGGGGACUCCCUAAAAUAAGAAACUACUAAUGAUGUACACCAAAAGAAGGGAUGUCCUGGACAAGCGCAUUGGUAAUUUUUUGAAAUCCUUCAACGUUUCAUCCUUUUGAGGCCGUCCAGGCUUCACUUUGUCUGCCUUGUUUUUUGGAGUUCUGUUCUACAAUAUUAUGAAAAAUAUAUUCUGGUGUAUAUUUAUCUACCUUUGAUAAUCAACUUGAUAGCUCAUAUAUUCAUUUAAUGCUAUCCAUACUAUCCAAAAUUUUAAAAUAACCUUGAAGAAGCUUUUCAAUCGAAGGUGGUGGGUCCUUCAUGUUAACUAUUUGGAGAAGUUUUACUUCUCCAUAAUUAAUUUUUCAAUUUAUGCUGCCUUUUGGUACACCUAGCCCCGGAUUGGAAAUUUGCCUAAGACUGCUUAGUAUCUCCAUACUUCAAUCCGUGUUUCAUAUGUUGAGUAAAUUAACUGUGUUGUGCUUUGUUGUCGAGAUGUACUUAAUAACCUGUAUACCUUACACGUUUACAUAUAUGUGCUCAUGUACCUUUCAUUUCGUGUUACAUCAGUAUGUCUAGAACCUUCUAGGGAUCUGGUAUAAAUACUGGAUCCCACUCUCCUUGUAAACAGUGUUUGAUCAAUAAAGUUAGAGUUCUUCUUCCACGAGUGCUGGGCGCCUAUCAGAGCUCCAGACCAUGUGUUAUGUCGACUACAGGCUUGUAUAAAAGUACUUACCUAUUAAAAUAAGGUCACCAUACUUCAAUCGGCACAUAACUCUAGGAAUUUACUGCCACAUUAUCACUAAGAAAUCAAUACUGUUUUUGUUAUUGACCACUAUCUGUACAUACAUGAAUUGUGUGCGGCUGUUGUAUGUCGGAUUUCGACUUUUUCAUAGUAUUGCCCGUACACAUUCUUGAUUCUGAUUCCUUCAUGGUUUGUCUUUUUACUAGAGGUCCCUUGCUUCAUACAUUAAAAAGUAUGCUUGUUCCAAUGCCAAGACAGAGGACCUAUGGUCUGUCCUUGAGGAGGAAUCUGGCGUGCCAGUUAAGAUGCUGAUGAACUCAUGGACCAAGCAAAAGGGGUAUCCCGUUGUUACUGUGAAAAUUAAAGAAAACAGUUUGGAAUUCGAACAGGUUCAUUUAUGUGCUAUUAUCUUUCAACUUUCCGUUAGAAUUUUGAUAUGAUCUGAAAUUCUGGAUGGUUCAAAUUUCUCCGGUGUUGUUUCUAUUUUCUCCUUCGACUCCAUACUACUGCUGAGCUUUUUUUACUAUUAUGAUUAGACUAAUGUUAGCAUACUGCUUGGGAUACCACUACAGUUUUUUUUACCAUUGAUCUCGUUGUCCUGAUGGGUGUUUGGUAUUUAUUUUUGGCUUCUAGGCCCAGGAUUUUCAGCCUGGCAGCACAUUUAUGCCCUAGGUUGAUUAUCUUCUUGUUGUUUUCUUUGUGACCAUAGAGGUAUUGGGAAAAAUUGAAUUAUAAUUUCGCAUGUUUACCUUCCAAUUUUAUUCCUCUCAUUACUUCUUACCAUCUCCAUCACCGUUGACGGCAUUCAUACCCUUCUACCCAUUCUGCUUCUCCCCGAUCUCUCUUCCCAUUUUCCUCCUUGUUUCACUUUUGAUUCAUGUUCAUAUGCUCUUCAGAGUUCCACAUCAUAUUCACACAGCCAUUCCCCGCGGUCUUCUCCUCAAUCAUUCGUUUGAUGAUUGAUCUCCCCCACCUACGGUUGCCUACACCGGCAACUGAAAGUAGUCACUCGUUCUUCUUCAGUUUCUUUCCUGGGUAUCAUGCAGUUCUACCUCAUUCUAUACCUUUGCUUCGACGUGUGCCCAGUAUCCAUAUACAAUCUGCAUCCGUGUCCACUGUCGUGCAUACGAAUAUCCCUUCUUAUGGCCGUGAUAUCUGCUGCAUCUUCCUGCUGACCUCUCCUGGAGAGGUUUAGUCCGGAAGAAUUCAGAAUAUCUUAGGAUUAGUGUUGUUUGAACGAUUCACUGGCCAGAAAGAGUGUAUGGUAUGCUUGUAUCUUCUCUAACCCUAAUAAAAGACCGUAAAUACUUGCUUUGUCCCUUGGCCACAUUGCUCAGUCCGGAGCAUUCAACAUAAUUUUCAACUCAGAUCCUUGUAUUUCUUUUUUGGGCUUUCACUGCAAGCACCGGCUAGUUUAUGUUACUCGCAGUGAGAUAGACAUGUUUCCAUAGGAGGCUUGGAAAUAGUGUUAUUCUGAUGAAUCCAAUUCAAAGCUUGGAGCCAGCCCUGAUGAAAGACGUGGGAUAUUUCCUUCAUCGCUGGUGAAUGUAAAAUAAACAUGUAGUUAUUUCUCGGUCCCUUGGUGGCAUUUCUCCAUCAGUCACGUUCAACUUUUCCUCAUUUCAUGUGAUUAUGUUACAUUUUUUGGGCUUCACCGAAAGCAUCAUCCGGUUUUACAUAUACUUCCGGUUGAAGAAACGUGUUUCUCUGGGAAUUUUUUUCAAACGAUAAACUUUUUUUUUUCUUAUUCUGAAAUUGAAUAGAUUGAAAUCGGUAAACACAGGCAGUGAGUCCAUUUUGGUCGUUCCUUUAUUUUUGAAUACCCAGUCCAAGAAAGAGUCCUUGUUUAUGCUUUUUUGCUCUGUUCAGGGGGGGGGGGGAUCUAACAUCUAGAAACCAAGAAUCAUAUGAUUAAAUGAAUCUCGUCUUCUCUCUAUAAAUUCUUACCCCUAGCUGAAUUGGAUUCAGGAUCGAAUGCCCUUGGAGUCAGUGAUCCCAAUGAGCCUCCGGUGUCUUGGAUUUAAUAACUAGAUGAUGAUUACGGCGCCAUCUAUGCUGCCACCUGAUCAUUUACCGCUUGUACAGAAGUACCUGUCACUCUGCAUGAAGCCUAAGAUCAUCUCCAAUCUUUACAACUGAAUUUAUCGCGUGUCCUUUCUUGUUGAAAAAUGCCAAUCUUCAUGAAAUUUUGUGGGCAUUGCGAUCAAGUUAUAUCAUCGCUCUUUUGAGACAUCCUGCUCUUAUUUUUUGAAUUCUCAGUAAUUUUUUUGUCACAAGAAAUGCCAAGUGUGCCCUCUUUGUUCAUGCAGUCUCAAUUUUUGUCAAGUGGGUCGAACGGUGAGGGUCAGUGGAUGGUUCCCAUCACUAUAUGCCACGGUUCAUACGAAUCCCAGAAGAACUUUCUAUUGAAGACAACUAGCGAAAAUCUCCAAAUCGGGGAGGUGGGAGUUAGUCUGUUCGGAAAGGAGGACCACGAUAAAUUGGAAAAUCAUUGGAUCAAACUUAAUGUCGAUCAGACGGGCUUCUACAGGGUUAAAUAUGAUGACGUGCUUACAGCCAGGCUUCGAUCUGCCAUUGAAGGAAAGCAGUUGUCGGUGGCAGACAGAUUUGGUAAAUAAAUAUCUUCGAAGGCAUCUUUGACUGAUGACUUUUUAUCCACUUCACCCUUCUUAAUUUGACUUUUCUGAGUUCUUAUUCCAGGAAUUUUGGACGACUCAUAUGCCCUAUGUAUGGCUUGCAAGCUGCCAUUGUCGUCCUUUCUUUCUUUGGUGGACUCCUUCAGGGAGGAGCUAGAAUACACCGUAUUAUCGCAGUUAAUCGCUGUACGUUUUCGAUUUCAAACCUCGGACUUUCCUAGUGAAAAGUCAGCUCGUCAAGCAUGACAAUGUAUCCCGCUCUUUACAGAUAAGCUACAAGGUGGUAAGAAUAGUCGCCGACGCCACACCAGAAUUACUGGGAGAUGUGAAACAGAUUUUCAUCAACCUGUUCCAGUUCUCUGCCGAGUAAGUUCGCUAAUAUUUUCAAUCAUUCAUCUGUAUCUUCUUCUUUUUCUACGCACCAAAUACUUCUUUCACAGGAUUGAUUUUUUCUUUUUCUUUUUUUUAUUAACGAAACCGCAUUAAGCAGCAACAGAGAUAAUGACGAGCAAGAUACAUGGCGUUGAGCACCACCCACUUUGAUCCAUUCCCCUUUUAUCUUAACCGGGAGUUUUUCAUUUCCGUUGUUAAUUCAGGAAACUGGGUUGGGACCAGAGGAGCGGCGAGGGCCACCUCGAUGCAAUGUUACGGGGGGAACUCUUGACUGUGCUUGCCGAAUUGGGACACGACUCCACCAGAGACGAGGCCCUGAAGCGGUUUGCCGUAUUUCUGGAUGACAGAAACACGCCACUUCUCCCUCCUGAUACCCGAAAGGCAAACCCCCCUCCUCAACCCUUUUCUCCCUGUCGAGGAUUCUCACGCGGUCGUCGUUGAUGAUUUUUCCGCAGGCGGCAUAUGUUGUUGUGAUGCGGGGUGUCGACGCUUCAAACAGAUCAGGCUAUGAGAGUCUUCUGAGGAUCUACAGAGAGGCUGAUCUGAGCCAGGAGAAGGGCCGUGUCCUGAGUACGCUAUCUCCCUCUGCCCACUGUCAUAGUUGACCUUUCCUUUCUCUGUGAUCAUCAUGAGAAUGUCAGCAGGUUCCUUGGCAUGUUGCCCUGAUCCCCAGAUGGUCCUCGUGGUUCUGAACUUUCUCUUGUCAUCUGAGGUACAUCUUCCACCUACUUCCUUCAAUUUUUCUAAUGGCUGAGAAACUCCCCCUUUAUGGUAAUACCUUAUCAUUCAUCUCCAUCUGCUCAGGUUCGGAGCCAAGACGUAUUCUAUGGGCUUGCUGGCGGCAGCAGGGAGGGCCGGGAAACUGCAUGGCAAUGGCUCAAGGUGAAUGCUCCCACAUUCUCUAUAUAUACACAGAGAGAGAGAGAGAGAGAGAGAGAGAGAGAGAGGCAUUUAUUGUGUAUAUAUCAAUGAAUAAGGAAGGUAGUGAUGUAUUUCCUUUGGGGGCAGGAUAAUUGGGAGCACAUAUCGAAGACCUGGGGGUCUGGAUUUCUGAUCGCUCGCUUCAUCAGCUCCAUCGUGUCCCCGGUAGGAUCCCAAUCCCGGCGUUCGUUCCUCGGCUCAUUUUUUUCCGUUUUUAGUAGCUGUCGCCGCCGGGAUUACCUAUUUUAACUGUGGAGUGGAGAUCUUCGUCUGUCUAGUUCUCCUCCGAAGAGAAGGCCGAGGAGGUGAGCGAGUUCUUCUCCACCCGCUCCAGGCCCAACAUCGCCCGCACGCUGAGGCAGAGCAUCGAGCGUGUCCGCAUAAACUCCAACUGGGUCCGGCACGUGCGGCUCGACGACUCCCUCCCACCUCUCAUCAACGCCCUCCUCUCACCCACCGGGAAACGGUAA